UCCUCUCACUCGCUCUCCCCCGCGUGCGAUCCUCAGGCAGCGGCGUGGUGAGAGGAGAACUAGAAGGCUCUCAACUGAGAGAGAGCGCCUAAAUAAAAUAUAACAACAAAGCUUGUUACAAAAUGCUUGUUUUAUUUGAGACCGCCGCUGGAUAUGCGAUAUUCAAAGUCCUCGAUGAGUCCAAACUGCAGCGAGUUGACAGCCUGUAUAAGGAGUUUGAAACUCCAGAAAAAGCCAACAAAAUUGUGAAGUUGAAACACUUUGAGAAGUUCCAGGACACAACAGAGGCCCUAGCAGCUGCCACUGCUCUUGUUGAGGGAAAAAUUGGCAAAAGUUUGAAGAAGGUCCUGAAGAAAGUCGUUGCUAAAGAAGCUCACGAACAGCUAGCCAUCAGUGAUGCAAAACUUGGUGGCGUUAUUAAAGACAAGCUGGACCUGAGUUGUGUCCACAGUCCGGCUGUAGCCGAACUUAUGAGAUGCAUCCGGAGCCAGAUGGAGAGCCUCAUCUCUGGACUCCCUCCCAGGGACUUGAGUGCCAUGUCUCUGGGUUUGGCUCACAGCUUAUCUCGUUAUAAGCUCAAGUUCAGUCCCGAUAAAGUGGACACGAUGAUCGUUCAGGCCAUUUCUCUUCUGGACGACCUGGACAAGGAGUUAAACAACUACAUUAUGCGCUGCAGAGAGUGGUACGGCUGGCACUUCCCAGAGCUGGGAAAAGUCGUCACAGACAAUUUGGCUUACUGUAAAACUGUCCGCAAAAUCGGUGAUCGGACCAACGUGUCCAGCACUGACCUGUCAGACAUCCUGCCAGAGGAAAUCGAAGCGGAGGUCAAGCUGGCGGCGGAGAUCUCCAUGGGAACAGAGGUGUCGGAGCAGGACAUUGGGAACAUCCGACACCUGUGUGAUCAGGUGGUUGAGAUUUCGGAGUACCGCGCUCAGCUCUACGACUACUUAAAGAACCGAAUGAUGGCAAUCGCUCCCAACCUGACGGUCAUGGUGGGCGAGCUGGUGGGCGCCCGUCUUAUCUCUCAUGCCGGUUCUCUGCUGAAUCUGGCCAAGCACCCGGCCUCCACGGUGCAGAUCCUCGGAGCAGAAAAGGCUCUGUUCAGAGCCCUGAAGACCCGCAAAGACACCCCCAAGUACGGCCUCAUUUACCACGCCUCGCUAGUGGGCCAGACGACAGCCAAGAACAAAGGCAAGAUCUCCAGGAUGCUGGCGGCGAAGGCAGCCCUGGCUAUUCGCUACGACGCUCUGGGAGAGGACACCAACGCCGAGAUGGGAGCCGAGAAUCGCGCCAAGCUUGAGGCCAGACUGCGACAGUUGGAGGAGAAAGGAAUCCGGAGAAUAAGCGGGACGGGGAAGGCGAUGGCGAAGGCAGACAAAUACCAGCACAAGAGUGAAGUGAGAGUUUAUGACCCCUCUGGAGAUUCUACCAUUCCCUCCACCUCAAAGAAGAGGAAGUUUGAGGAGGCGAUGCAGGAAGAGGAGGAAGAAGAGCCUGUAACACCGGCCCUUAAAGCCAAGAAACCCAAAAAAGAAGCAGCACCAGAAGAAGAAACGCUUGAAGAAGCAGCAGAGGAGGAGACUCCAAAGAAAAAGAAGAAAAAGAAGAAGGACAAGAAAGCAGAGGAGGAGGAAGAGGUGAAGGAGGAAGAAGAGGAGGUCACAGUGACUGAGGUCAGUCUUGGAAGAUUAUUCAAAGCACAUUUAAAAAGCAUUUCAUGUUUUAACUGCUUCGCUUUUUUACUUCCCAGACAUCAGAAAAGAAGAAGAAGAAGAAGAAAAAGAAGGUGAAAGAAGAAGAAGAAGAUGAGUGAAAAGAGCGGACUGUAUAUAUUUUACUUUGAGUUUUUUGUCACAUUUUUAUCUUUAAGAUGACAAGGCCCUACAGAGACUUCUUCGUGUUAUUCAUUCAAUCUCAUUUCAUGUGAACGGAGGAAAUCUGAAUAUUUUUUAUGUGUUAAUCCAUUUUAGUUUUACUGUUUUUAUUUUUCUGCAGAUGUCUGUCAGAAAAGGUCCACAGAUUAAAGAAUAAAACCAGAUUUCCUAA